AUGGCCGGCACCACCACCCACCUCCGUCUCGGCUCCAAGGCGCCCGACUUCACCGCCGACAGCAACAUCGGCAAGGUCGAAUUCCACAAGUACAUCGAGGGCAGCUGGGCCAUCCUCUUCUCGCACCCGCAGGACUUUACGCCCGUGUGCACCACGGAGCUGGGCGCCUUUGCCAAGCUCGAGCCCGAGUUCACCAAGCGCGGCGUCAAGCUGCUCGGCCUGUCGGCCGACACCACCGACAGCCACGCCACCUGGAUCAAGGACAUUUCCGAGGUGACGGGCGGAGACGUCAAGUUCCCCAUCAUCGCCGACCCCGACCGCGUCGUGGCCAACCAGUACGACAUGAUCGACUACCAGGACCCGUCCAACAUUGACAGGAACGCCCUGCCCCUGACCAUCCGAUCCGUCUUCUUCAUCGACCCCAAGAAGACGAUCCGCACCAUCCUCUCGUACCCUGCCUCGACCGGCCGCAACGCCGCCGAGGUCCUGCGCAUCGUCGACUCCCUCCAGGCCGGCGACAAGCACAAGAUUGCCACCCCCAUCGACUGGCAGCCCGGCCAGGACGUCAUCGUCGCCAACAGCGUCAAGGACGCCGAGGCCAAGGAGCUGUUUCCCAAUCUCCGCAUCAUCAAGCCCUACCUCCGAUACACUGCUCUGCCCCAGGUUUGA